AUGUCGGAGCGGCAGGCGGCCGGGGGGCCGGCGGGCCGCGGCGGGGACGGCCGGGGAGUGGAGGGGAGCCAGGCGGCCGCCUCAGAGAAUGAAGAUCUAGAAAACACCAACGUCACCUCUGCAGUGGCUUCGGCCUCUGAUCCAGAACCCCAUUCCUCACCUUACAGGCCACAGACGGUAUCUCCGGCGAGCGAGGAUGCCCCAGAAGAUCUGCAGAAGACAGCUGGUGCGUUGGAGGCGCAGGCCUUGGUGGAACAGGAAUUGCUGCCUGCAGACCAGGUCCAGGUCCUCAACAAGAUGGCCAAGCACCACGUUCCACAAAGGUCUGGGGACAUCGUUAUGAUCCAGUCUGAGCACACAGGAGCUAUAGAUAUCCUUUCAGCUGAUUUGGAAUCUGCAGAUCUCCUGGGGGAUCAUAGGAAAGUGUCCCCGCCUCUGAUGGCUCCUCCGUGCAUCUGGACCUUUGCCAAGAUGAAGGAAUUCAAAAGCAAGCUGGGCAAAGAGAAGAACAGCCGUCUGGUGGUGAAGCGGGGUGAGGUGGUGACCAUCCGGGUACCUACCCAUCCAGAGGGGAAGCGUGUUUGCUGGGAAUUUGCGACUGACGACUAUGACAUUGGCUUUGGAGUUUAUUUUGACUGGACCCCUGUAACCAGCACUGACAUAACUGUGCAGGUCAGUGAUUCCAGUGAGGAUGAGGAUGAAGACGAGGAAGAGGAGGAAGAGAUUGAAGACCCUGUCCCAGUUGGUGAUGUAGAGAGAGGCUCCCGGAGCUCCCUGCGAGGUCGUUAUGGGGAGGUCAUGCCUGUGUACCGGCGGGACAGCCACCGAGACGUGCAGGCUGGCAGCCACGACUACCCCGGUGAGGGCAUCUACCUGCUCAAGUUUGACAACUCCUACUCCCUGCUCCGCAACAAGACUCUCUACUUCCACAUCUACUACACUAGCUGA